UUGCGUGCCAAAGAGAGAGACAGGCGUCAACGUCAACGAAACCUACGAAAAUUGAAUUUUAGCGAUAUUUACUACUAAAGCUAGGGUUUCUCUCUAUACAACGGUGUUUUAUUUGAUCUUUGGGGGCGAUAUUUUCAGCAACCUCACGUUGACAAUUCACAUGAAUCGAUCUGAUUAGUUUUCAGGCUGAUCCCUACUCUAUUUAGUCUGAAAUUACAGCUUAUUCUGAGAAAUUAUAGAAUACUGUUGAUGUUAUCUUCUGCGUUCUUGCACGAAGAAGAUUGAAAAGUAUUUUUUGAAGAUUAUUGGUUUGUGGCCUUCCUGUUGAGUGAGCUUAUAGGGACAAUUUAUAAGUUCUUUUCUAUUCUGCUCAUCUGCUGUUGGAAGGGAAGGAAACCAUGGUAGGGCAACUGCCAGGGAAUCCUUCUCAUCAUGAAAUUGCAAACUAUACAACUAGCAUGUAUGUGCCUGAAGAGCUUCAGUGUGUUACACGCCAGUGGUACUUCAGCAGACAAGAAAUCGAAGAUAAUUCUCCAUCAAGGAAGGAUGGCAUUGAUAUUGAGACGGAGUCGCAUUUGCGGAAGCUAUACUGCACAUUCUUACAAGAGCUUGGCAUUGAGCUUAAAGUGCCCCAGCUGACAAUAGCAACCGCAAUGAUGUUGUGCCAUCGGUUUUACAUGUGUCAGUCACAUGCAAAGAAUGAUUGGCAGACCAUUGCAACUGUAAGCAUGUUCCUCGCCUGUAAAGCAGAAGAAACACCACGUUGGCUGAGUGAUCUUGUUGUUGUGUCUUAUAAACUAAUUUAUAGGUGGGAUCCCUCUGCUCCACAAAGAAUCAAAAAGAGGGAAGUUUAUGAUAAGCAGAAGGAGUUGAUUUUAAUUGGGGAGAGACUUUUAUUGGGGACAGUUGCAUUUGAUCUCAAUAUUGAGCACCCUUACAAGCCACUUGUUUCAGCUAUUAAGAGAUUGGAGAUUGCACAUAAGGAGCUUGCGAAAGUAGCAUGGAAUUUUGUGAAUGAUUGGCUUCGCACAACACUCUGCUUGCAGUACAAAGCCCACUAUAUUUCGGCUGGUUCGAUGUUUCUUGCUGCCAAAUUCCUGAAAGUAAAACUGCCAACAGCAAAAGAGGAGGUUUGGUGGAUGCAGUUUGAUGUUUCACCUAAACAGUUGGAAGAGGUCACCCAACAGAUGCUUGGGUUGUUGGAGCAGAAUCGAAAACAAGCUGUACCACCCAAGCGUGGAAGGGUUAAUGAAUCGAAACCUGUGGUUGGUAAAGCAAUGUCUAACAACAGUCCAGAAUCAUGCAUUUCAAGUGGCUCAGCCAUUGCUCAAGAUUCUAGCAAUUUACAGGCUGGCGGACUCGUCAACUCUGCAAGGUCCAAGAGCUGCCUGAAACAGACCUGUGGUGAUGUCCAUGAUACAGUGAAAGAAAGAUUACACUGCCAGACAAGUGAUAGUGGCAGUGUAACUAGUAUUGUCGAGGAUGGUGACAGUGAUCCAAUAAUGGGGGAAUCUGAUCAGAACACGAGUUGCAAGAUUGUUUCUGUUGAAGUUGGUUAUCGUAAGAUAGAUGUAAAUCGGAUCAGAGAAACAUUAAAGAGGAGGCGGGGUGAUAGAGUUGCAAAUAAGAAGUCUGAGGAAGCCAUAGACGAGAUAGACAGUGAAGCUUGGAUAGAAAAGGAGUUGGAAAAAGGAAUAGAGCCAGAGUUUGCCUGUUCUGAGAAGCGAAUGAAGUUGUGAAACACUGAAAUUGAUCUGGUGUUUAUCUACUUGCAGAAAGUACUUAUUUCUCCGCACCUUAUUUGUCAGAGUUUUACCUUUCUGCUGGAUUUAACCAAUUUUUUUUUUUUAAUCAUGUUGUAAGUAGUAGGACUAUUUUUUCGCGGCCAUGGUUCCACUUUUCAUAGUUAUAUAAAUUUAUUAAACAUGGCCUUAUUUUCUUGUCCUUUCUCUGGUCCCUAAUUCCUCAUCAGAGCCUAACUAUCUCUGCUACUGGUAGUCAUGGAAGAUUUUACAGCCCUUCAUUUUGUGCUUGUGGCUCCUUAUAUUUGUUUAUGGAGGUACCAGCUUAAGCUCAAUGCAAUGGCCACCCUAGGAUUAGUGGUGGUUGACCAGAUGGUUAUGGGAAGGGGACAGAUGAAGAAGAAGAGUAUACACGCUAUUUCUUUUCUGGUGACCAUGGUUGUGUUGGGCAAGGAUCAAAACUUGAAAGGAAACAGACUUGGGUAAAACCUCGGAAUUGAAAUUUCAAUACCUCGAAGUGUUUUCAACUCGAAUGAUACCGUCUAUUGCCUGCGUGAAGGAAGGAGGUCGUGGUAGGAACAUUACAAAUUUAGUACGAGGAAGUGAUCGUGCAUAUAUUGUUUGUGUUUUAGGUCUUAGAAGUCUUGUAAAGUUAUGUUGUUGAUGAAAAUUAUUCGUUUGACAUUAUUUGAGAUGAC